UCUUCUUCAAAACAUUUCGUUUAGGUCUUGGAAAAAUGUGCUAAAGAUUUUUUGGUUAUCCGUAAGCAAUUCCCACUCGAAUCGCGACUAAAUUCGUUGAGACCACAGCCGUUGGGGUCGACAUACAAAUUAAAGUAAAUCGGUAGCGAAAAAGAAAAAAACCGAAAAAUCUGACAUAAUGGCCAGCGCACAAGUGCAAAGUUUUGAUUUUAUGGAGCAGCAGGAACAGCAGCGACAGCAGAUAGAGAAUCUGCAAAAGCAUCAACAACAUGAAGCUGUCCCACUGGAUUCCGAUAACGAAGAUCUAUUCGAUGAUGAGCUAUACCAUGUAGAGUACAAGCAUCCUUUGGAGCAUGUUUGGACUUUGUGGUAUCUAGAGAACGAUCGUUCUAAGCACUGGAAGGAUAUGUUGAACGAGAUCACGGCAAUCGAUAGUGUGGAGACUUUUUGGGGCUUAUAUUAUACAAUUAAGACCCCAAUGGAGCUGAAGAUUGGAUGUGACUACUCCAUGUUCAAGAAGGACAUAAAACCAAUGUGGGAGGAUGAGGCAAAUAUCAAGGGUGGCCGCUGGCUGGUCAACGUUGCCAAAAUUGCCAAGGUGGAAGUGGAUCGCAUUUGGCUGGACAUAUUGCUGAUGAUGGUCGGCAGAAUCUUUGAAUACUCAGACGAGAUCUGUGGCGCUGUGAUCAAUAUACGCGCCAAGAGCAACAAGAUUUCUGUUUGGACUGCCAAUGGUAGCAACGAAAUGGCCAUACUUGAGAUUGGCCAGAAGCUGAAGAUGCUUUUGCCAUUGCAAGCAUAUAAUCUCCAAUAUCAACUUCAUUCCGAUGCGAUGUGCAAAAUCAGUUCGGGCGUCAAAUCGGUUUACAGUCUCUGAACUGGGUUCUCUACGUUAUUAUAUUUUUAUUUUUAUACACCAGAUUCGUGUGUGUGGAUGAUGAGAUUGGCUUAGUGUUUAUGAACGGAGAUUACUUGGAAAUGCCUAAACUAAAUUGUCAAACAAAACUAAAUUAAAGAACUAAAUUUCUUUCACUUAAUAAUGACUACUUUUAAUAAAAAGAAAAGAAUUCAA